CUUAUAACCAAGUAUAGUGGUUGUCUUGGUAAUAACGUGCUGAUUAAGAAUUUUCACUACCAUAUUAACAUGCUCAUGAACGCCUAUAAAUACAUACAACGUAUUGUAUCAUAUUCAUCAAGAGCACUACCAAAGUACUUUGGAUUGAAAAGAGAGAAAAAAAAGUAUUACCAAACACAAAUAACUAUGUCUGCGAGUAAUUUAUCAUCACUUGUUCUAAUCACUUUCAUGUUGGCGAUGUCGUGCCUUGUCUCCGAGAGCCGCGUUGCAAGAAAAGACUUGGGUUUGGACCUCGGUGGGAUAGGGAUCGGUUCUGGCGUCGGCAUCGGCAUAGGUAUUGGUGGAGGUGGAUCCGGGUCUGGAGCUGGUGCCGGGUCAGGAUCCGGAGGAGGAGGAGGGUCAAGCUCUUCUUCCUCAUCUAGCUCCAGCAGUUCUUCGAGCUCCGGUGGUGGUGGAGGUGACGCGGGAUCAGAAGCUGGAUCAUACGCGGGGUCACGUGCCGGGUCUGGUUCGGGAGGAAGUUCCGGGUCAGGCCGUGGAAGAGGAGGUGGAGGAGGAGGAGGUCGCGGUGGAGGAGGAGGUGGAGGAGGAGGGGGGCGUGGUGGAGGAGGUGGAUCCGGUAACGGAGAAGGGUACGGUGAAGGCGGUGGAUAUGGAGGAGGAUACGGUGGUGGCGACGACUGAAUGAAUAAUAUCGCAUGCAUGCAAUAUCUUAUCGGUGCUGUGUAUUUUACGUAAUUAUUAUUACUAUUUUGGUUUUUUUUUUUAAAUUGCUUGAAAAAUAAUUUCCUAAAGUGGGUGAGUAUAAAGGAGAUGGAAAAAGCUUCUAACUUGUUUGGUUAAUUAUGUACUCUUCCAUUAAUGGAUUCUUGGUGCUGCAUGUAGAUGUUUCACUUGUGUACUAUAUUUAAGUUGUAACUUUACAAUUAUAAUAAUAGUAAGAAAAUAAAUGCGAUGUAUAGUGUUUUUUAUCUUCCUGCACAUUUAUACUUUAUUUUCUCUUCUCAGUUUUCGCGUGUAUCAAAUAGCAAACACGAUGAAAUGGAAAGUUUAUCAACCAAACAAUAUUUAGAA